AUGGGUGCUGUGGUGAGUGGUAUGCCCGCCCCUAGUCCAUACCCGGCCCCAGGUCCCUACCCUGCAGCUCAACCUGCUCCGGGACCAUACCCAACGUCGUUGCCUUCAUCUGGACCACACCCAGGGCCCCAACCAUCAGCUGGUCCCUACCCCCAACCAGCUGCAGCACCUGGUCCAUACCCUGGCCCCAUGCCUUUACCGGCCCCUGCACCAUUCCCGGGCUUCGCCCCCCAGUCAGGCCCUAGCCCCGGCCCGAUGCCUGCACCCCAGUACGCUCGAGGACAUGGCGAGGGUUUCUACCCCUACGAAGGGUUCUAUGACGGCUAUCAAGGGUUCCUCUGCAACGACUACAACCUUCCCGGCUACUACCAGGAUAUUAUCUACCCUGUUGCUGGAUACUUUUAG